AAUAUUGUAUAUUCUUAAAUGGCAAAGUUGCUAAAAGCGCAGUUUCAGGCUGCGCGUAUGUCGAAAAAUAGACAUAUACCAGAUCGCACUUAUUUCCUCCAUUUUUCAAAGUAUAACUCUAUACCGAAACCACUACAAGAACGUCGUCAACCAAGGCGUGUUAACCUUGCAGAAUGUCUAAAUAUUCAAACUGGAGAUCUAGUAGAGGUAUUACACGGCCAGGAUGAAAGGAAGCAAGGGGUGGUCCUCAAAGUAUUCCAUCGAAAAAAUCAAGUUAUUGUGGAGAAUUGCAAUAUGAGGAAAACAUACUGGAAUCCGAAAUGGGACAAAGAAAAUCAGCCCACAUUACUUACACAAGAAAUGCCAAUCCAUAUCUCCAAUGUAGCUUUAGUUGACCCGGUUGUAAAGAAACCAACCAUCGUCAAAAGAAGGUACAUGAUGAACGGAGAAUGCGUACGAAUAUGUAAAUUAUCAGGCUGCGCGUUACCAAAACCGGUGGAAGUGGUUAAGGGAUUGUAUAAACCUCCUCCUAAAAGAACAGUACCAAUUAAGGACGAUUACGCACAUAAAGAUUAUGAUAAUUUCAAUAUGCUAGUCAACAUCGCACGAAAAAUUAAGGAUAAGACCAUCGAAUCUUUGAUAGCGGAUCGUGAAUAUAAUACGAAAAAUACUUAAUUA